UGUUCACAAUGGACCCUGUAAAUGUGGAAAAUGGUAGAGGAAGAGUUCCACAUGACCCCAGCUUCCCCUUCGCCAGCACCUUCAGUGGUGGGGAGCUGUAUACAGGACUGACAGCAGAUUUCCUGGGAAGAGACUCUGUGAUAUUCAGAAGUAUGGGUGGUCGCUCCACAAUGAGGACAGAGACUGACCAGAAACUCCUUCAUGAUCCCAAGUUCAUUGCAGCCCACCUCAUCCCGGAUAAUGAUGACAGGGACAAUGAUAAGGUGUAUUUCUUCUUCACUGAGAAGGCCACAGAGUCUGGAGAAACAGAGGGGGCCAUACACACACGAGUUGGACGAGUGUGUGCGAAUGAUGUCGGCGGUCAGAGAGUGCUGGUCAAUAAGUGGAGCACCUUUAUCAAAGCCAGACUUGUCUGUUCUGUACCAGGACCUCACGGAAUAGAUACUCACUUCAACCAACUUGAGGAUGUUUUCCUGAUGAGGACCAAGGAUGAAAGGAACCCAGAUGUCUAUGCAAUCUUUAGUACCAUCAGUAAUGUAUUCCAGGGCUUUGCUGUGUGUGUUUACCGCAUGACUGAUAUCAGAGAAGUUUUCAAUGGACCUUUUGCACAUAAAGAAGGUCCUGACUACCAAUGGGGUGCUUAUGAAGGCAGGGUUCCUUAUCCAAGACCAGGCGUGUGCCCCAGUAAAAUCAUCAACCAACCUGGCAGGGAGUUUGGCAGCACAAAGGACUUCCCCGAUUCAGUCCUGCAGUUUGCCCGCAGCCACCCGUUGAUGUGGCGGCCGGUGUAUCCAGCCCUUCGUCGCCCUGUGCUUGUAAAGGCCAACAUUCCUUAUAAGCUGAAACAAAUAGUGGUGGAUCGUGUUGAGGCGGAGGACGGGCAGUAUGAUGUCAUGUUUAUUGGCACAGAUAUUGGCACAGUGUUGAAGGUCAUUGCACUAAACAAUGGAAACAGUCUAGAGACAGAGGAAGUCACACUAGAGGAGCUACAAGUCUUUAAAGUGCCAACUCCAAUUACGUCACUGGAUAUAUCUGUGAAAAGGCAAGCCUUGUAUGCGAGCUCUCCACUAGGUGUGGCGCAGGUGAAGCUCCAUCGCUGUGAGACUUACGGGAAAGCCUGUGCUGAAUGCUGUCUUGCCAGAGACCCUUAUUGUGCAUGGGAUGGAUCGUCCUGUGCGCGAUUCAUUCCCAACAGCAAACGACGCUACCGCAGACAGGACAUUAGACAUGGAAACCCUGCACUGCAGUGUGUGGAUCAGAAUCUCAGUGAAGACCUUGAUGUAACAGAAGACAGAGUGGUCUUUGGUACUGAGAACAACAGCACCUUCCUAGAGUGUGUUCCUCGCUCCCCACAAGCAACUGUCACCUGGCUGGUCCAACGUGAUGACCACAAGGAAGAGGUGAAGCUAGACGAUCGUGUGAUGUCCACGGAUCAGGGUCUCCUGUUUCGUAACCUUUUCCACCAAGAUGAAGGCGUCUACAUCUGCCGCUCUCGAGAGCACGGCUUCACGCAGACGUUGGCCCGCAUCACCCUCGAAGUCCUCCAAGGGGAGACCGUGGAUGAGCUCAUGUCGCGUGGACACACAGGAAACUCUGACUCAAUCAAAGAUCGGUCUACAGGGACUUUCAGAGCCUGGAUGCCUUGCAGCGCGUACAGCAGGGGCGGUUCAUCAAGCCAAAUCGGCCAAUCGCGCAUAUGGUUCAAGGAUAUCAUGCAGCUCAUCGGGCCAUCGAAUCUGCCGCACGUGGAGGAGUACUGCGAGAGGAUGUGGUGCAAUGACAAGCUGAGGAGGAAACACAAAAGCAUGAUAGAGAAGUACCGCCAAGCACAGGACAGCGCGAGGAAGACUCGUAGCAAGAGCUCUGGUGAACGCAACAGGACGCCGCGGGAUCUAAGGGCGUGGGAGGAGUGACAAAAAGAAGGCGAGGAGUGGAAUAUGAGAGCAAAAGUUAGUUCAGGACAAGAUAAAUAGACAGGCAUAAAGACCAGCCUAAUAGUUUUUUGUAAAACCAUGGUAGAUCAAAGCAGCGUGUCUCUUUUGCUCAUUUUAACUAAAUGAAUUUUAGUGUGUAAAGAAAAUUAGUGUAUAAAGAAUCUGAAAAAAAUGCUCAGAAUAUUUGACAGUCAUGUUGGAUGGAAGCACAACUUGAGCUGAAAAACUGCAUGUGAAAGUGUAUGGGAAGUCUGGGAUAUUAUGAGGUUAGUGCAUAACCCGUGUGUUUCUGGCUGUCACCUGAACAAAGACCGAAGUGUUCACCUGUCUGGAAGGAUGGCACAAAAAGACACUCCAACUGAACUAAACAGGUUGUUGCUAAUCCUGAUGUUGACAGUAGUUUAAAAAGAGAGGUCAGAGACAAUUUUUCAACUACACUCUGAGGAUGCUUUUUAAAAUCUCAGUCACUGAGGAGUUGCCUGCCUUCCCCACCUUUGUUCUUUUGUAUUUCUAGUGUCACUGAAAUGGCAGGAAGUGUUUUGAUUUAAUCAACUUCUGUCUUCACUGAGAAAACCUGCAAAACUUCUCAUUCUCAGAUUUAAGUGACAUACACGUACCUGCGGGGUGAUUUUAGUUACAGCUGGUUUCCUGCUUUUCAGCCUCAUUGACUCUUCAAUGGUGGUUUGUGAUUUCUUGUAUGUAAUUGUUAAUUUUCUUUUGCAAAGAGCACACACACACACUCAUGUCUGGUUUGCUAUCCUCGUGGGGACAUCCCAUUGACAUAAUGCUUUCCCUAGCCCCUUACCCUAACCCUAACCAUCAAAAAGGAAUGCCUAACCCUGACUCUUACCCUAAACCUAACCAUAACCUAAUUGUAACCCUGACACUAAAACCACAUUUUGAGUGUGAAAAUUGCUUUCAACCCCGAGGGGACCUGGAUUUUGGUCCCCACGGUGCAGAAAGUCCCCACCAGAAUAAUAAAUGUCCAAUUUUGGUCCCCACCAGGAUACACACACACACACACACACACACACACACACCUUUUUUUUUUUUGCAAGAAUUUCAUAUGAUGCAGUUCACUGGAUUCAUUUCCUUCUUGUUUUACAUUUAAUGACCUGUGUCUCUUACCUUGCUUGUUAUUACAUAUUCAUGUGUGACUUCAGCUCAUAAAUGACUUUGCAGUAUAUUUGCAGAAGGAAAGUGCAACUUGUAAACAUGUUUAGACAAUUGCUGUAUCUAAUCUUGGUCUGUCUGGCUCCAUUUGUGCCAAGUCUUACAUUAAUGGAAGUCUCACUCAAACGGCUAAAUGCAUAAGCUCAAACCAGAAGCUACCAUAAGACGACUGUUGAUGGUUCAGCAGAUUAAAGGCACAUGGCUUUAUUUUUAUUCCACUGGGUUGAACUUUCCAUUAAACAAAAUGGUGGUUUAUUUUUCAUGAUUUUGGUUACAUGCCAUAACAUCUCUUAGAAAGAACCUCCAUGAUGCUUGUCUCUGAUAUUUACCUCUGUGAACUUUAUGCGUCUCUGUGCACUAAGUGCUCUCACUAAAGCUCCUUUUUAGUCCUUUCCAUCAAGCUAAAGUCACUGGCACAUGUCAGCGUGUCUGAAUGAGGACCCUGAUUUAUUUUGCCAUACAAAUAACAAUUAUUUUAAUAACCUCUUAAUUUAUGCAUUUAUUGUGUCUGUACAAAAUGACUCAGCAUUAUGCUUUCAAUUUGUCUGUGUGACAAUCUCAUAAACAUCUUUAAAUAGCUUCUUUUUUUCUUUUCAAGUGCUGGUUAAAAGGAGCUAUUCAAGUCAAAAUUACUUAACUUGACCUCUCUGUGGGGGAUGCUGCCGCACACUGCAGCCACCCACCAAACUAAUUUUCCCACAGUUUCUCUGUGUGCUGAAGCUCUCCGCUGAUAAUGGAGGGAACGAUAGAAAGGGGUCAAGUGUAUUGGCUGGAUCCUCUUGUUUUCUGCAGUGUAAACACUAGUUUUAAGAGUAGCUUUGUCGUUAAAAUAUGAUUUAUGAUUGCUGAGAAAAGAUUCUUUUCUAAAAUCGAGGGUGGAAAAGAGAAAAUAAGGUUGACAUCAUGGAACAGAGCACAUAUCUCAAGACAGAAGGGAUUGACACUGAACAAACAUACUAGUCUAUAAAGAAGUGAAUUUCACACUCACGUUUAUCCUCCCUGUGUUGGUGUAGCAGUAAUGAUGAGAUCUCAAUCUCCAUCUGCCCCAGGUCCUCCUAAAGCUUUGCUUUGCUUUUGGUUUCUAACCGUUGAGUGUUGUCUGAAAAACUACAAAUACCGAAUAAGGUGAAAUAUAAGCAUUAUAUAUUUGGGUAAAAAACAUAAUUUCUGUUAGGAUUAUCAAAGUAUUGCGAUUCUGAUGAACAAAAUGUAAAAAUCCAUCAUAACAAGACAAAAUCUGUUUGUUGAACUUGGGUGAGACAUGAGUGUUGGGAUGACUUCUCUGUUAACACCGGCCUCAUAUUUAUUCAGACUAUUAUCCAGAGACACCAGUUAUAUUCCUCAAGGCCAGUGAUCUCUUCAACAUAAACACUGUUUUUGGAGAUUUGAUUAAAAAUAAGAGAUGGUUUCCAUUUCCAUUUUCCUGAUAAAAUGCUGUAAAAGAAGUGAAGUUCAGGAAAGACAAAAACUAAAUAACAGAAUGGUUAUGAAGCUGCACAUGGAUAGAAAUUAGAUCUUAGGAGCACCUGAAGACACAGAGAUCUGGUAAAGAACUGUAUAAAAAGACCAGGUAAUCAAGUACACUUAGCAAAAGGCAAUUCUUCACAAACACAGGGAGUGUGUGCUAUACGUAUAACGACAGCAAUGCACUUAUUCUUAUAGUCCUUCCAGUAUUUACAGUUAAAUGGGAAGCUCUGUGGUCUGUGUCGAUGGCUUUUCAAAACAGAAAUGAAAUGACAGAAGUGACAAAAGCAGAAAAAAAGAGUCAGGGUGUUGUUAAUUAAAGAGGUACUAUAAGCAUCUUAUGAAGGCUGUAUUUGGAAUUCCUAAAGAUCCUAACCCAUAAUAUUAU